AUGGCAAAGUCAAUCCUCCUCAUCAAUGGCCCCAAUCUGAACCUCCUGGGCACCCGCGAGCCACACAUCUACGGCUCGACUACUCUCGAGCAGCUUGAAGUAUCAUCAAAAGAACACGCAAAGUCGCUGGGAGCAGACUUGCAGUCAUUCCAGUCAAAUACAGAAGGCGCCAUCGUCGACCGCAUUCAUGCGGCGAGGGGUAACGUCGAUGUGAUCAUCAUCAAUCCAGCGGCAUACACUCACACGAGCGUUGCGAUCCGCGACGCACUAUUGGGGGUAGCAAUUCCCUUCAUCGAGCUUCACAUCAGCAACACGCAUUCAAGAGAAUCGUUUCGGCAUCACAGUUACCUGAGCGACAAGGCAGUGGCGGUUAUUAUGGGAUUCGGGAUCCACGGGUAUGGGUAUGCAAUUGACCAUGCAGUCAAGAACAUCAAGCCAUAA